UAUUAUUAAUCGACGAAUCGAUUCGUACAGUAUUCAUUAUAAGCCGCCGGGGCUCAUCCGCGCAUCGUCCGUGGUGGUGGUUGUUGUGGUUAUUGUGGUGGUGGUUGUUGUGGUUAUUGUGGUGGUUGUUGUGGUUGUCGUGGUUGUUGUAGCUGAGAGGGAUACGCGGCCAUGGCCGGAGAGGCGGCGGCGGCGGUGGCCGGCGCGGCGGUGGGGGAGAGCUUGGACGAGGCGGCCGUCGUAUGGAGCCCCGAGGUUGAAGUUUGUCUAUUCCACGCCAUGCUGGGUCACAAGCCCGUGGGGAUCAACCGACACUUCCACAUGGUGUGCAUCCGCGACAAGUUCAGUCAGAACAUCGGGCGACAGGUCCCCUCCAGAGUCAUCUGGGAUCACCUGGCCGCCAUGUAUGACAUUCCGGCCUUGGUGCGAGCGCAGAACGACUCUGAGUCGCUGCCCUUCCCCAACACGGAGCGGCCUUUCUGCCUCCCGGACGACAUCCUCCAUGACGGUCGCGACAUCAAGGAAGGGAAAGUUGUGGAGGUCCAAGAAGACGCGCCAGAGAGGGAGUCGAGCCAGGGUCCUGCCGAAGACACCGUCGCUGUGAUCCCACCCCGACCCCGCCCGGCAGAGUCAGGGAGCCGCGACCCUACUGACAAGCGCAAGCGGUCGCGCGCCCCCGCCAGCACCUCCUCUUCCAGCCCCGCCAGUCCUGGGGGCGCUGCCCCCGUAAGCAAGCGGCGUCGCACGUGAAGCACACAUGAAGCGCACGUGAAGCGCACAUGAAGCGCACACGCAGCGCUCUCCAGCAGGUCGGGUAGCAGGAUUAUUGAGCGAGUGGGUGGGUGGUUGGGUGAGUGAGCGGGAGAAUGAGUGAGCGGGAGAAUGAGUGAGUUGGCAAAUUGGUGGGCGGAUGAGUGAGUGGGUUGGUGAAUGAGUGGGCAGGUGAGUGAGCUGGUAAGUGAGUAGGCGGGUGAGUGUGUGAAUGGGUGAGCGAUUGAUUGAGUGAGCGGGCAAGCGAGCGGGCACGUCAGUGGGUGAGCGAUUAAAUGAGUGGGCAGAUGGGCGAGUGAGUGGGCGGGCAGACGGGCGGGCAGAGAGCGGGCAGGCGGGCGAGAGAGCAGAGGGUUGUGAAAUGCACCAGGACACGCCGGCCGUCACCGGACUGGACAUCCUGGCGUUUGGCACAGACCCUCCGGAGAAAACAACUCCCACGUGAUCAUCGUCACGGCUACCUCCGAAUCCUCUUCGGCUGCUGCUGCUGUCUCACCGAAGAGAGCAGAGUUUGUUCGUCUUUCCGUCUUCUUACUAUCGGCCUUCCCCAUGGACUGCAGCAUUCCACUCGUCGCCGUCGUAAUCACAGACUCUGGUUGCAGGUUAAGACCGGAGGAGAACCUCCCCGGACUUCAAUUUAAAUACAUUGCCAGCUCCUCGGCCGCCCAGUGUCCAGUGUGGCAGAACGGCCCAAACAAAGACGAAGAUCUCCCGUGCAGCCUUAACAGACUGUUGGGGCAAGUGCUGUUAGCGAGUAGCACCUGUGAAGUCCAGCAGGGCACACGAGGUGGGUAGC